CAGAUAUACUGAAAUACGUCCACACCGCAGACAUGUUGCUUCAGAUAAGCACGUGCAGGUCGCGGUUUCUGUUUUCGUCAUCACAACAUUUCGGCCGUAUUGUUUCGGUCAUAAAAGUCUUUCGGGCAAAAACCGAAAAUGCCCUUUUUGGCCAUUUUCGGUGGCCGAAUAUUCGGUGCAUCCCUACUAUAUUGAUUAGUGUAUAUGUGUCUGUGUUUAGUCCAACUUCACGAUCCUCAAAUUGUUGCUCAUCACUGUUUUUUUCAGGCUGUGGAUAACUCUGGUGAAAAAAUGCUCUCAGAGCAGAGUAUCUUGUGAAGCGUAGGAACCAGCUCUCUCUGGUCCUCACACAGCAGCAGAACCGUCGGCCAGGCACAAUUGAAGAGGAAGAUAAGAGGAUUGUAUACUGCCCCUCUGUAGAGGCUGUACCAAAGGAGCAGUGGUUGGAGGAAAUAAAAAACUGCCCGUUUCUGUUACCGACGUUCUUCAAAACAUCUUUUGUCUUCUGAAGAAGAAAGAAAGUCAUACAGUCUUUGCCUGACCUGAGCGGCUGGUCUCGUUUACUCUCGCGAUACUUUGUUGGCACGUGUGAUCGUAAAACGGCUGCUGCGGCGAUCAAAGUCGGACAAAGUGUCUAAACAGACUGCAUCGCUGUUUUCAGGCGGCUGCAGAUUCUUGCGUCGCCGAAUGAAGUCGAACAAGCCUAUUUUUUCUCCAGUUAUUGCUUGGGCUGACUGUGGAGACUUGCCAUUGGCUGUUGUUUUGAAUAAUCAACGAGGUAGCACUUUGCAUGGUCUGUCUUCCAUUUUGCCAUGUUUUUAUUACUCAUUUAUACAUAUAAUACAUAUAAUGUGUAUAAUAAACCAUUUUCUGACUCGUAAAUCUCAUCAUGAAACUUUAAUGAAAUUUGUCUGUGUUUACCACCGUUUGAAAUACUGUCAUUUGGAAGUAUAGGUAGAGGACGGCUCCAUAUCUAAUGCGUGGUCGUGCGGGAUGGAGCGCUCUCCAUCUCGGAGCAUGACGUGAUAGAGACAUCGGUCUCUAUCACAGGGUUGAGACUCUCCUGCUCGGCCACGUUUAUCACGUAAUGACAGAACACUACAUGUCUUCCGCUUCUUGUCUCUCUGCGCAGGCGGCGGGUGACAAGUUUGUCCGUUGCUACGUGACUGUCACGUGAUGUAUUGAAAGAGCGCGAGAACAUAACGACAAUUGAUAAUACUUUUCAACAGAACUUUUCCUUACAUGUCAAGUGAUUCACAUUUGUUCCUGGUCUUAAUAUUAGUGUAUUUUACUAUAAUUACUUAUCAUUGUCGUUGCCGAAUUAUUUACUUUCACUUUAUUUUCUAAAUCUAUAUUAAUUGAAGCGUAACGCCGCUAGCAUAUUAGCGUGUUAGCUUGCCUUCUGUUGACAUUGUGGAAUAUCAUCUCCCCCUAUUUGUCUUGUGUGCUAACUGUUUCUCUUUUUAAGCGUAUAUACUAAGACUCAUCAAGCAACCUUGCUAAGUUAGGAUUGCACUUCAUACCCGGUGAGUUAUGGCUUCUAUUCCUAUUGUUGUUACUUGCACCUCAUGUCAUAUGUUUAGUUUAGCCUUCUCUGUCAGCGGCGAGGGUUUUACAUGUGAUAAAUGCAGGGAAGUAGUUAGGCUGACGGAGAAGAUCUUACAAUUAGAGUCUCGCAUCCCAUCUUUAUUUGAGGAUAGUAAGAGUGUAAGGACCGUAGAAAACACUUCGGAUGCGAGCAAUGUUAGCGCACACAGCUCGGUUGCGGUUGAAAAUCCCCUGCAGCAGGGAAGCUUUGUAACGGUGAGACGGCAUAGUCGCAGGACAAAACAUCACUCAACCGUUCCGAUUAAAGUCUCGAACAGGUUUGCCCCGCUCAGUGACGCACCGACUGAGAAACCUGCUGAAAGUGCCCUAGUGAUCGGUGAUUCUAUUGUCCGGAACGUUAACAUAGAGGCACCAGCCACCAUAGUCAAAUGUUUACCGGGAGCCAGAGCGCCUGACAUCAAGUCAAAUUUAAAUGUGCUGGCUAAGGCUAAUCGUAAAUACAGUAAGAUUGUUAUUCAUGUCGGCACAAAUGAUGUUAGACUCCGUCAAUCGGAGAUCACUAAAGAUAAUAUUAAAGAGGUGUGUGAGCUCGCGAGCACGAUGUCAGACACUGUAAUAUUCUCUGGCCCCCUUACUGCUUACUGCUUACCGUGGUGAUGAGAUUUAUAGCAGAUUAUCAUCACUAAAUGGCUGUUUGUCUGAGUGGUGCCUGCAGAAUAAUAUAGAUUUUAUAAAUAACUGGAAGAGUUUUGAGGGCAGACCUGACCUGUUGAAACGAGAUGGUCGGUUUCCCUCCUCUUUAGAAAUUUGGCACACAGUCUUAAUAAUGCUAAAGUCUGACUACCUGGGGCCCAGGUCAGGAAGGAGACAGAAUGGCUUAACCAACUGUCUGCUUGCCGUCUCGCGUUACAGAAUACACAAAAUAUACAACAUGUAAUAAUCCCUUCUUACAAACAACAUAAAAUAGAGACUGUGUCUGUCCCCCGGAUUAGCAAACAUAAGAUAUUGCGUAAACCUCUUGAAAGUAAUUUAAUAAACGUUAAACAAAUCAAACAUGAACAAAAUACAGAUAAUCAACUGUUACGACUCGCAUUGCUUAAUAUUAGAUCUCUCUCAAAUAAAGCACUUUUUGUUAACGAUUUGAUAACUGAUCAUAAAAUAGACAUGCUUUGUUUGACAGAAACAUGGCUAAAGCCAGAUGAUUAUAUUACUCUAAAUGAAUCCGUUCCCCAUGAUUUUUACUAUAAACACGAGCCUCGUCUAAAAGGUAGAGGGGGAGGUGUCGCUGCACUUUACAAUAAUUAUUUUAUUACCUCCCAGAAGUCUAAUUUUAAAUAUAAUUCUUUUGAAGUCAUGGUACUUCACGUAACCCUUCACGUAAAAUUUAUUCUAGCAUUUGUAUAUAGGCCUCCAGGGCACCACACAGAUUUUAUUAAAGAUUUUGGUGGGUUCUUAUCAGAACUAGUACUGGCGCAGAUAGAGUCCUUGUCGUUGGUGACUUUAAUAUCCAUGUAGACAAUGAUACAGAUGCCUUGGGACUGGCUUUCAAAGAAACUCUUAACUCCAUGGGCGUUAGUCAACAUGUGUCAGGACCCACUCACCUUCGUAAUCAUACUUUAGAUUUAAUACUUUCUUAUGGUAUAAAUGUGGACGAUGUUAAAAUCGUUCAGCAGAGUGAAGACAUUUCGGAUCAUUAUCUGAUAUUAUGUUUGCUUCAAUGGCCUACGGCUGCAAAUCAAACUCCUUGUUACAAAUAUGGUAGAACGAUUACUUCAACUACCAAAGAUGCGUUUCUCGAUAAUCUGCCUGAAUUGUCUAAAAUAUCUAGCAUGAGUAAAAACGUUGACGAUUUUGACACUACUAUAGAAAAUUUUAAGUCUACUUUCUCGGAAAUAUUAGACACAGUUGCUCCUCUGCGUUUAAAGAAAAUUAAAAAUAGCAGCCCAACACCGUGGUAUAAUGAACACACUCAGACUCUAAAAAAAGCGUCCCGGAAAAUGGAGCGCAACUUUAAGAAAACUAAUUUAGAGGUAUUUCGUAUACCAUGGAAGGAUAGUACUCGAAAUUACAGGAAUGCCAUAAAAACGUCUAGAUCCGCCUACUUUUCAACACUAAUAGAGGAAAACCAUCACAACCCUAGGUUUUUAUUUAACACCGUGGCUAAAUUAACAAAAAAUAAGUCAUCAUCGACGUCAGAUUCUGAUUAUCAGCAUAACAGUGAUGAAUUUAUGAACUACUUCACGAGUAAAAUCCAAGAUAUAAGAGAAAAAAUUAUAACAAUGCAACCUGUAGUGAAAUCCGCUGAACAAACUAACUACAGCACCCCUAAGGAGAAAUUGCAAUUAUUUUCUACAGUAGAUCACGAUGAACUGUCUAAAAUCAUUAGAUCAUCCAAAUCAACAACAUGCAUGCUAGACCCUAUACCUACAAAACUACUGAAAGAAAUGCUCCCAGAAAUUAUAGAUCCUCUUCUCAGUAUUAUUAACUCAUCUCUGACAUUAGGACAUGUGCCUAAAGCAUUUAAGGUGGCUGUUAUAAGGCCUCUUUUAAAAAAAACCAAACUCGACCCUAAAAACUAGGGAAUUACAGGCCUAUAUCGAAUUUACCUUUUAUAUCUAAAGUUCUGGAAAAAGUAGUUUCAACUCAAUUAUGCUCCUUCCUCCAAAGGAAUGACAUUAAUGAUGAAUUCCAGUCUUGAUUUCGAGCAUGUCACAGUACAGAGACUGCUUUGAUAAGAGUUACAAAUGAUCUGCUUUUAGCGUCUGACCGUGGCUGUAUUUCGUUAUUGGUGCUGCUAGACCUCAGUGCUGCAUUUGACACCAUUGACCACAGCAUACUUCUACAUAGACUCGAAAAUUACGUCGGCAUUAACGGAAUAGCAUUGAAAUGGUUUAAGUCUUAUUUAUCCGACCGUUUUCAAUUUGUAGCAAUAAACAAUGAGGCGUCCCGCAAAUCACAAGUCUAGUACGGUGUACCACAGGGCUCAGUCUUGGGGCCUCUGCUCUUCGCAUUAUACAUGCUACCUCUAGGAGAUAUAAUAAAGCGACACGGAAUUAGCUUUCACUGUUAUGCUGAUGAUACUCAACUUUAUGUUUCCUCGAAGCCUCACGAAACCCAGCAGUUUCAUCGAAUAAAGGAUUGCAUAGUUGACUUAAAAAUGUGGAUGAGUAACAAUUUUUUACUACUAAACUCGGACAAAACAGAAGUGUUACUUACUGGACCGAAAACUGCUAUAGGUAACAACCAAGAAUACUGCUUAACGAUUGACGGAUGCUCCAUAAAAUCCUCGUCAUCAGCUAAGAAUCUUGGCGUUGUAUUCGACAGUACUCUGUCAUUUGAAAGCCAUGUCGCCAACACCUGUAAAAUUGCAUUUUUCCAUCUUAAGAAUAUAUCUAAAUUACGUCAUAUGCUGUCACUGUCAGAUGCAGAGAAAUUAAUUCAUGCAUUCAUGACAUCAAGACUAGAUUAGUGUAAUGCACUUUUAGGUGGUUGCCCUCCGGGCCUAUUACAAAAACUGCAACUGGUUCAAAACGCGGCAGCUCGAGUUCUUACACGUACAAAAAAGUAUGAGCAUAUAACCCCGGUUCUGUCAACCUUGCACUGGUUACCUAUAAAGCAUCGCAUUAACUUUAAGAUCCUGCUUAUUACCUAUAAAGCCCUACAUGGUCUAGCGCCGCAGUAUUUGAAUGAACUUCUAUUGUAUUACAGACCUCCGCGUACAUUACGCUCCCGGGCGUCCUGUCAGUUGGUAAUACCUAGAAUUUCAAAAUCAAGUGCAGGUGGUAGAUCCUCUUCUUAUCUAGCGCCUAAACUUUGGAAUAUUCUUCCCUGCACGGUCCGUGAGGCAGACACACUCAGUUUAAAUCUAGACUAAAGACUCAUCUUUUUAAUCUUGCAUACACUACACCUCCAUAAUAUUAAUCCUCAGAGGAUUUAGGCUGCAUUAUUUAGAUCAACCGGAACCAGGAACACAUCCAACAAAACAAAUGAUGUACUUGUUGCACCAAAGAGUGCAGAACAGUACUCUACUCUCAGUCAGUCUUGUCUCUUUGUUCCAAGGUUACGGCAGGAUGCAGUUCAUGCCCAGACCUGAUGGCAGAGCUGAGAAUGGGAAGCGGUGACCUGACAAGAGCUAAGAGGAUAGAGCUGGAUAAAGGACGCGACAACUUUGUUUUUGCUACAAGAUUUAAAAUGCUAUUAGAUUGUUAAUGAUAAUCUUAAAUCCUUCAUAUUUAUAUUUUUAUUAAGCCUUGUUGUGCAAGCACUGUUGAGCUUGUGAAGAGGCAGCAGCUUUUGCCAGAGGGGAACUGGAAUCCCCAGGUUGGGCCUGGGUUCCCCUGAGGUUUUUUUUCUCGAUGGGAGUUUUGGGUUUUGCAUAUUAUUUUGCACUAUCUGCCUGGCCGGGGGGGCUGCUUUAGAAUUCAUACUUGUAUUAAAUGUGUCUCAUGUACAGCUGCUUUGUAACAAUGAAAAUUGUAAAAAGCGCUAUAUAAAUAAAGUUGAGUUGAGAGGUAUCGCUGAGGGUCCGCAUCCCUGGAGUCUUUCCACUACCACUUGAACAGGUUCAUUCCAGGAACAAGUGCAAAUGCUCUGAAUUUCCAGCUCUACCUCCUGGAAGGCUUGAACAGGUGGAAUCAGGAUCGGGCGAGUGACCAGCAAGCCAGAGUCCCUUCUCACUGGGGAUAUGGAUGUGUUUACAAUUAUUGUAAUCGUAAACACAGAAGUUGAAUUACAAUUUGAUCUAUGUGUUAUGGUUUGAAUAUCAUUAGUCAUGUAUGUGUGUGUUUCUUUUUGUUCUCCUGAGUCUGACUGGACAGCCCCUCGUGGUGGAUCCCGACUCGGAGAAGACCGAGAACAUGCUUGAGGAUGUGGAUGAAGGAAGGUACGAAGAAGACGAGGGCUUCGAUGAAGACCAAACCUUGGAUGUUACUCUAUCGAGUCUCUCAGAUGAACCAAGCUUCUCUGUUUCCUCCUGCUUUCUGUCCUCCUCUGAGUCUCUCUCCUCCCUAGCUGCUGCCUCCACCACAUUGGCUGUUGACUCCAUGCCACAGUCAUGCACCUCGGCGUCUACUUAUGAGUCUGCGGCUGUGGAUAACUCUGGUGAAAAAAUGCUCUCAGAGCAGAGUAUCUUGUGAAGCGUAGGAACCAGCUCUCUCUGGUCCUCACACAGCAGCAGAACCGUCGGCCAGGCACAAUUGAAGAGGAAGAUAAGAGGAUUGUAUACUGCCCCUCUGUAGAGGCUGUACCAAAGGAGCAGUGGUUGGAGGAAAUAAAAAACUGCCCGUUUCUGUUACCGACGUUCUUCAAAACAUCUUUUGUCUUCUGAAGAAGAAAGAAAGUCAUACAGGUUUGAAUACAUCAACAUCAUUUUGGGGUGAACUAUUCCUGUAAUAACAACUUAAAGAAAGAGGAUUAUUCAUCUAUAACAGUUUUAUUCAUGUAUGUUUUUGUCACGGGGUGACAAAUAACCCCCGGAACUAUUCACCAGAGAAGUGUUUCCGCGGGGAUACUCCCAGUGUAACACUGUCCCCGGGCCUGUGUGUGUGUCUGUCGCCAUGGCAACUAACCGGCAGAUUGGCAACAGGUGUGGGGACUUCACUCUGAGUGCCUGAUUGAGGCCACGCCAGCAUUCUUGAGAGGAUAAAACACAAGGGGAAGUGAAGGCUGGGUUGUGUUGCGUCGGGUUGUGCCGUGUUCUGUUCUGUGCUGUGCUGUGCUGUGCUGUGCUGUGCUGUGCUGUGCUGUGCUGUGCUGUGCUAUGCUGUGCCUCCUUCUCCGUUGAUCUGGAGUGGUCUCUCCCAUCGGGAAAUGUGUGUGGAGUAUUACAGCUGAAGAGUUAUCGUGAAGGAAGAAGAGUGUGGCUUGUGGGACCCAAGGGCAGUGAAAGAGAGUGGAAUUCGUCGCCUGGACUGGGAGAGAGUGAAGGAUUAUCAGGGAAAAUUCAAGGAAUAUCGUCAGCAGUGGGAAAGACGCCAGUGAUGAGUAUUUGAUCCGUUGUUUAUAUGCACUAAACACUGAAGUGGUAUUGAGAGUUCGGAUAGUGUGUGGCACGAGUGAAUUAGUACACCGAGUGGAUUGUUGAUCUGACUCUAACUUCUGUCCUCCCCUUUGCUGAAUGUGACGAUAUCUGCACCCGCUUUUCUCUGGAGAGAAAUUGAACCCUUGCACGGACGAGAUUUGAUAUUGUGGGAGAAGGACCGGAGGGUCUUUCAUCCGCUGUCUCCAGGGAAGGGCUUUUUGAUACCACAAAGCGCCCGAUUUAUUACUUCAAGGCAACCCGGCUCUUCAACAGCAUGUAAAACCUUCAGAAUUGACACAGUUAAACCCGGCUGUAUCGUUCCAGUGAAUAGCUGAAGUGGAGUGUUCCGCUCAAAGUGUCCUCUCCGCCUGGUGGUCUCCACAUGUCCCGCCGAAAGCCUCUGUCCUGGUCAGAAAGGAAGAAGGUAUUUCUGCUGGAUGUUGCAUAGACUGUUGAACAGUUAAAUACUGCUACCUUGUUACUGUUGUGGCUCUGACGCCCAUCUGCACAGCGUGAAGUAUCUGUCCCCUGCCACACCCGUGAGGUCUGUUCACUGCUGUCUGAAGCUUUGAUUCUGUCUGUUACAGCGAAAGCCCCGCUCAGCUUGUGACCUGAGUUUGUUGCAGCUCUGAAACCCAUCGGUGUAGUGUGAAGUACCCGUCCACUAUUCGCCACUGAGUCCGGCGUCAGCGCCAGAAGGGAGUAAGCUCCGACUCACCUGUUCCCUUGGGACACCCACCUGUUUCUUACUCACCACUGUGAGCCCGGCGUCAGUGCCAGAAGGAAGUGAUCCCCGAUCCACAUACCUACCUAGGACACCCACCGUCCAUUACUCACUACCGUGAGUCUGACACCGUUGCCCGACAAGGCUUGCUUUGGAUUCCUAGGAAGAGGAAGGAAGAGGAUUUUAGAUUAGGGUUUUCAAAUUACUUUUAAAUAUAAAAUAAAGCUUGUGAUUCUUUUA